AUGGUCGUUGUGAUGCUCCACUAAUUUUUCUGUAAAUUCUAAUAUUUUUAUGUGGCAGAACAAAACGUUAAACGUUAAUUCAUUUAUUCACUUGUUUGUUUAACAAGUGCCGGGAACCAAGGAGGCCUUAUAUUCUAAUAUCGUACAUGGCAUAAUGGGUGAUAAGAGGAAGUUACAAGGUGAAAUUGAAAGGUGCUUAAAGAAGGUAUCAGAAGGAGUGGAAACAUUUGAAGAUAUUUGGCAGAAGGUUCAAAGUGCAACUAAUAGUAAUCAGAAGGACAAGUGUGAAGGGGAGCUAAAGAAAGAAAUCAAAAAGCUGCAGAGGUUACGUGAUCAAAUUAAAACAUGGGUGGCUUCGAACGACAUCAAAGACAAGAGGACACUUUUGGACAAUCGCAAGCUCAUAGAAACGCAAAUGGAAAGGUUCAAGGUGGUAGAAAGAGAAACAAAAACAAAAGCAUAUUCAAAAGAAGGUCUUGGGCUAGCGACACGCAUUGACCCUGUCCAGCGGGAACGGGAGGAGGUGUCCGGCUGGUUGUCCCAAUGCAUAGAUACGCUCAAGAUUCAAGUAGAUCGGUUUGAAAGCGAGAUGGAAUCCAUGACAUCCAAUUCAAAGAAAAGGAAAAUCCCAUCAGAUAAACAAGAUCGCCUGAAUGAAUUACAAAACUUAAUAGAAAGACACAAUGGUCAUGUCAAGAAGCUGGAGAUGAUCAUGAGAAUGCUGGACAACACAGACAUCGAAACAGAGAAGGUUAAACAAAUUAAAGAAGACUUGGAAUAUUACUUAGAUUCCUGCCAAGAUCCUGACUUUGCUGAGAAUGAAUAUCUUUAUGAUGAUUUUGAAUUUGAAGAACAUGAUUAUGGUCUGUCCACGUUGGCAACGUCACCAGAGGAUGGUGAGAUUUUAGCAAAUGCAGAGAUAAGCUCUUCACCAAUAGCAAGUUCACCAAUUGUCAAUCAUUCCAAGGAAAGGGAUGAAGAAAAGAAACGACAUAGGUCAACAGAAAGUGAGCCUUCACCGAGAAAAGCAGUAGCAAAAACGAACAACGCACCGUCACCAUCUAAUUCAAACAACAACGGUUCUAGAGUACGGACAUUGUCGUCAUCAUCUUCAUCGUCAUCUAGUCAGGCAACAUCCAUUGUUCCAAACACUUCCAAAAAUGCCAAUAGUAAAGCCAAUAACAAUUCCUCAGCUCAUACAAUAGCCCAACCACCCGUGGGACCAGCAUAUUCAGUUGCAGCUAGUUCGCAAAAUACGCAACAAGGGACGCAAGGGCCUAGCCGAGUAGGCCAACAAUCACAAUCGCAACCAUUGGUACAGCAACCGUUACAAAUAUCCACGAACUCGCCUGCUCCCUCAACCAACGUGAACACCAUACCUUCGCAGCAAGCUCGGCCUGAUAUCAAUGGGGGCCAAGGUUUUGUAUUAAGUGAACAACAUAUAGAGCAUGAAAUGUUCGACCUAGAUAAUGGAAACAGUAUGACAGUAACGGGGCUUUCAAACUCAAUCACGGUACCCCAGCCACAACCACCAAUACAGACACAAGUUCCACACAUUGAACCAACGAGAGUUAUUAACAAUAUGCCUACUAUGCCCACACCUCCAAGUGCUGUUCAGAUGAAUGGACCUAUCCCCCCUACUACAAUCUCAAAUAAGGAGGACAAUUCUAUGAAACUGAAAACAAUUGCUCAAAAGGCAGUUGUGAAUGCUGGCCUGGAUACCCAGAUUCAGCCACCAGAAAUCCCAACAGAAAAUAGAGUUACAGCAAUAUACGACAGUACUCCUAGGCAAGAAAUCAGUUCCCCACAGACACAGGAAACUAAAAUACCAGCUCUAUUGGGUGUCACUCCGCUGGGACCCCAGCCCCUUUCCAAAGACCACGCCUACCAACUGGCAAUGAUGGAAGCAGCUGCCCACCACCUUCCUCACCCUUCAGACUCUGAACGCCUAAGACACUACUUACCGAGAAAUCCAUGUCCAACGCCCACAUAUCACUGUCCAGCAAUGCCCCCUCAUAUGGAUUCAUUGGAUUUCUACGCAAGGCUCUCAACUGAAGCACUGUUUUUUAUUUUUUAUUAUCAGGAGGGAACCAAAGCACAGUAUUUAGCUGCAAAAGCAUUAAAGAAGCAAAGUUGGCGAUUUCAUACAAAGUACAUGAUGUGGUUCCAAAGGCAUGAAGAGCCAAAAACAAUAACUGAUGAAUACGAGCAGGGAACAUAUAUCUACUUUGACUAUGAGAAAUGGGGACAACGCAAGAAAGAAGGCUUCACAUUUGAGUAUAGAUACCUUGAAGACAGGGACUUGUGAGUUCAUCUGAGUGAACGUUUAAAUAGGCAGAACAAUCUUUUGUCUAAGGGGCGUUGGCAGAAAAGAGUAACGCAGAAAUUUUUCAAAAUUAUAUGCUGUUAAAUAUAGACAAAAGGCUAUGGUCACAGAUCAUGUCAAAUAUUUCAUUCUUUUUAUAAAUGGUAUCACAAAUGAUAUUGUAGAGGAUGUCAUUGAUGAUGUCACAUGUGAUGUCAUUGGUCAUGUGAUGAAGUCACAGGUGAUAUCAUACAUGGCGACACAUUGAUACCAUUAUUAUUUAUAAUGGGUAUUAUAUUAUAAUAAGCUAUGUAAACAAUUGUUGUACUGAGUUUAUGAACAGGUAUGAAGUCUGUUCCUGUUUCCUUAAUUUUUUCAAGAAAACAAAACAUUUAAAAAACUAUUAAAAAAAUAAUCAACACCCAGUAACUGAAUUCCAACUGAAAUUGAAAGGUUGGCGAGAUGCACUGUUGUUGACCUCACCCUUAUCAGUUAUUAGGUGAGAGGAGUAAAAAAGGUCAUCAAUAAUUUUUUUUUAUUAUUGUUUAUAAAAAGUAAAUAGUAAAUUAUUGUUGUAAUAAUUAUUUAUUUUAUUGUUAUUAUUUUUAUAACCGAAAGCAAGAAUAAUUGUUUAUGUAUUCACCAUGUUAAACCUUUCAUAAUAUUUAUCUUGCAAUUACUUUAAUUUGGAAGUUUUGUCCUCUUAAAGUAUUGUCUGCAUUUAGUCCUGAAAACUGUUCACGACAGGAAACAACAUAUUGUACACUACUUAAAAUUAGGAUGUAAUCACAAAAUGUUUUUAAUGUGUUUCAAGAUGCACUAUCUGCCAUGAGGAAAUUCAAUUCCAUAUUUGAUUAAUCUAACUUGUAUAUUUAUAUUUAAGUAACUUAACUCACAAAGAAACAUUUUAAUGAGAAAAAAAUUUUCCAACCAAUUUACGGACAGUUAAAUAAGGUAAUACCUUUACAUAUUCUUUUGCAUAGGCCUAUAAAUUCGCUGGUAAUCAAGGAUUUUUGUAUUAAAAUGUUUGUAAAUUUGCAAAAUUUAUUUUUACUCUUUUGGCGGACAGUACAUGAAUACUUCACAGUUUACAGUAAAAUAUUUUGUUAUCAAAACUCAGUCUUUAGUUCGAUCUAAAACUGAAUAUUAAUUUAUUCAUGACUGCAUAUGUAUUUCAUGCAAAGAAUACUGUUUGUUGAUUGGUUAAAAGCCAGUAACCCUCAAAUGAAUAGCAUUAGGUGAUUAGUUGGCCAAGCCAUAAAGGUUUGUCCACAUUACCAAAUUUUCUUCAGAAAAAAAAAACUGUUGUAUGCCCAUAUAUAGUCAUGAUGUGCCUAUAUAUGGUCAUGAUGUGGUGUCAUGAUCACAAAAAACUGUUGUAUGCCCAUAUAUAGUCAUGAUGUGCCUAUAUAUGGUCCUGAUGUGAUGUCGUCAUUACCAUAUUUAAGCAUAUCACAUGUUUUUGUCAAAUUAAAUUUGUUAGUCUAGACAUGGCAUAUUACCCAUAAAUAUUAGUUAAUUGGCUGACUGCUAAGCUGUACUGCACAUAAAGGCAUAACUGAUGGUUGAUUGGCUACUAACUAUAGACAGUCUUAAGAAUACUUGAUUCCUAUUGGCUAUAUUUUGUGUGGAAUUUUUUUUUGUUUAACUGUUAUAUCCCUUCUAUCUCAAUGGUUAUUCAAAGUAUCUUAAUUGUGAAUUAUUGUUUUCUGAGAUAAGUCUUAUUGUUCCUAGUGAUAUGUGAAUUUAUUCAAUAAUGUUGUUGUUCUAUUUACGGUUCUUCUUAGAAAAUAUAUGUAUGUACAAACAAAACAGGAUUUGUUUAAAUCAGAAACAACAAUAAUUAAUAUUAAAUGUACUGCCCCCAACAAAAUAGAAAAACCCUCAACAAUUAUCAUUGUGGAUUUGCUAAUUUAGAACAAAAAAAAAAACCACAACAGACACACAGGAUAUAUGCAAAGACUAUUGUAUAGGAGUAUAUUGAUUGGCAAAGAAAAUGUAUUCACUUUCAAUUUUGGGUUGAAAGCUAAUAAUUUAUUGAAUAUAAAAAUUACAUGAUUUAGUUUAUUUUAACAAUUUAUAGGUUUGUAUUAGGGUUUGGGUGGCAUUGUGCCUUUAAAACAAAGAUAUGCAUCUGUCCAGACUAUCAAAUUUUGUUUGACAAAAACAUGUGAUAUGCCUAAAUAUGGUCAUGAUGACAUCACACCAUGACCAUAUAUAGGCACAUCGUGACUAUAUAUGGGCAUACAAUAAUUUUUUGUGGAGACUAUCAAAAUUGUGUUUGACUUUGUGGCAUGCCUAUAUAUGGUCAUAAUGACAUCACAUUAUUACCUUAUAUAAACACAUGAUUAUAUACAGGCAUACAGCAGGGUUUUUUUUUUCAUAAGAAAAUAUAAUUUAUGUUGCCCUCACGGAGGGAGUACUAUAUACCGCCUGCUGGGUACGAGUUCAUGCAGCUCAGCUAUGAACCUCAAGCUUUCACACGAGGCUGAUACUCAAGCUUAAUUUUGCUUUUGUGCAUAAUGAACUCAAAACGUAUCUAUCUGAUAGAUUUAUUCAAAUUUAAAUUCAUCUCGAUUUGUGCUUCAAAGAAGUAUUUUUUUAUUGCCAUCACAACUCUCUCAUACCAUCUGUGGUUAAUUUUUGUGUAAUGUCUAUUCUAAUUUUUGAUAUACUCUAUUGCUUCAGUGUAAUGUCUAUAUGUUAAAUUGAAAUUUUAACCAAGAUUUUAUCGUCUCCGACUGGCCAACCUACCUAAUGAGAUACUCAUGAAUAAUCAUAACCAUGAAUAAUCAAGGAGUAGGUUCAUUUUCACAGUUAAAUAUAAUCUGCUUUAUUUUAAUUGUCUCUUAAAUACAUUCCUUUCUGAUUUCAGAUGUACUGUAUGUACAACUACAAAUAUAUAUAAUUCUCAUAACGAUAGUUUCGUUUAACAUUAUGUCGUUUAAUCAUAUCACUACGUGAUAAUAUGUGCAACGCACUUCGCGUUUUUGUCGCUGAUAAAAAUAUCAGUAAGAUUGUGAAUGUUAGAGGGCGCUAUACAAUUUUCAUCAGACCGAUUAUCUUGACUCGUUAUGUAGUUAAAUCGUGUAAGGGUUUUUAUAUUUAAAGGAUAUAUUGAGGAGAAUAACAGUGCAUUUGUCGACUAUACCUUUAUUUUCAGUAAAGAUGCUGGAAUGUAA